AUGAAUCUCGAAGAACUCCUCCUGGUGGAGUCGAGCUGCACCGACGAGAUCGUUGAUCUCCGUGCAUUGGACUACGUCUCCGGCUAUGACACCCAUCUCAUGUGUCCGAUAUGUCACUGCGCCUUAAUACGCCCAGUGCGCUUGCAAUGUGACCAUGUGUUUUGCCAGAAAUGCCUGAGUUCCGCCAUUACCAGUUCCUCUAGCACAGACGACUUUACAUGUCCGACUUGCCGCACACCGACACAGACUGUCUACACGGAUGUACCUCGACUUUUGAUCAACAUGUGUGAUGAUCUCCGGGUGAAAUGUCCAUUCUCAGAGGAGGGGUGUAUGGAGGUCAUGGCUAGAGGCCAUGUCGAGUCACAUGUUGACAAGUACUGCGGCUACAAGCUUCUGGAUUGUCCGAGUGAGACUUGCGAUAAAAAGACUCGGAAAAAGGACCUUGACUCGGAUGGGAAAUGCGUGCAUGAGCUCCUUCAAUGCUCUCAUUGUGAGGAGGAAGUUAUGGAGCAAGAUUACGAGGACCAUCUAAACAAGAUUUGCCUGCGUUUCGAGACGAUGUGUCCACACUGUCAGGUCAUGACAUUGCAGAAGGAUUUAGGAGAUCAUAUCGAUAUUUGUCCAGAUGCUAUCCAUUCCUGCACGGCGUCGAAAUAUGGAUGUCCCGUUAAAAUCAAACGAGCCGAUAUCGCCAUGCAUGAACAAGCAUGUCCUUUGAUCGCGAUGGGACCAUACUUUGAAGCUCAAAACUCGCGACUCAACUCUCUUGAGUUAACGAUGCGGCAUCUACAACAACGAAACGAGAUUUUCGAGGACGGAUUCGCCAACAUCCGCUCAACCUUGGUCGACGCUUCUCGUGUUCCGCCUGGGCAAAAUAGCAGAGAUCUUCCGGCCGAAGGUCAACCAGGAUCAUCCGAAUCACAGGAGAUGUCCAAUGACGGCUCCUCCCAGUCCAACAACCCAACAACCUAUCUCCUUUCCCUUCACGAAUCUCUCCGAGAGGAGGUCGGACAGCUGUCACACGCAAUCACCGACCUCGACGCACGUGCCAGUAUGGCAAUCAUGAACGAGUGUCUACGAAUCAAAGAGGACAUGGCACAUACCAACGCCGCUGUCAACAGCAUCCGGAUGCAAGUGCAAUGGCUCAUGAAUCCGCGUCUCCAUCAAGGACAGCGAACAUCCAACGUACGCACCAACGAUACGAAUGAUUCUGGAACUGGGCAGCUGGGCUCGUCCACUGCAUCUACUACAUCCGCCUCGCCUAUAUCCGGGCCGAGUAAUACAUCGAGACCGGGUCUUCGGCCACGGAGACUUAGCGAUAGUGCACGGGAGGGGACCAAGCUCUAG